AUGAAGGUCACCAAUAUUGCCCUCGCCGGCGCUACCCUCGGUCUUGCCAACGCUACUCCUAUUAUAAAGCAUGGCAUCAGUGACGCCGAUAUCCUCAACUAUGCUCUGACCCUGGAGCAUCUCGAGGCCUCUUUCUAUGAGGAGGGUCUCAAGAAUUAUACCCAGGAAGACUUUGUCAAGGCUGGGAUGAAUGACCCAUUCUAUGCCAAUCUACAGGAGGUUGCUUCUGAUGAGAAGUCUCACGUGGAGUUCCUCACCUCUGCUUUGAAGGCUGCCGGUGCUCCCCCUGUCGCCGCCUGCACCUACAACUUCCCAUCCACCGAUGUGAACAGCUUCCUGGCUCUCGCCAGUGUUCUCGAGGGUGUCGGAGUCAGCGCCUACCUCGGAGCGGCCGCCUCCAUCAUGAACGAUACCUACCUCACAGCCGCAGGCAGCAUCCUAACUGUGGAAGCCCGACACAGCGCCUACCUGCGCGCCUCUCUCGGCGAAGCACCCUACGCCCAGGCCUUCGAUAACCCCCUGGACUUCAACGAAGUCUUCACAGUAGCCUCACCCUUCAUUGCGUCCUGCCCCUCCAGCAACGGCGCCCUCCCCGUGAAGGCUUUCCCCACUCUGACAAUGAGCAACAUGGACACCGUGAUGACCGGCACCAAAGUCAACCUCAUGGCUGGCACCGGCUUCGACGCCAGCGCGACCGACAUCAACGCCGCCUUCAUCACCGUCACCGGUCCCGUCUGGGCACCCCUGGAGUCCAUGGGCGAUGGCAAGUUCACCGUCACCGUCCCCAAGGGCGUUGCCGGACAGAGCUACGUCGUUCUCACCAAGGGAAACAAGACGGCCACCGAUGACAACAUCGUUGCUGGUCCUGCUAUUGUUGAGGUAAAGUAG